UUUUUUAAUGUGAUGCAAAUAAUCCAUUAUCCUUACAUUGCAAUUUUACGAGAUGCCACAAUCAUUUGUCUCGACAGAUUAAUGUUUAGAAGUCAAAUAGGCAUUUACAUUUUUUAAAUUUACAAAUCAUGAGAACAGUAUUAGCAGUAAUACUUCUGUUUGGCAUUGAUAAUGUCCUUUCAGAAGAUGAAGAGCACGAUGAAAAUUUGUCAUUUGAAUUCAAUUGGUACCCCAUUUUUUACUCGAUUGACUUUGGUUCAUCGAUAGCCGUUAGCAAAUAUAAUAAGCUUUUUUCUGGAUCUGUCAGAAUUGAAGGAAUAGCGACAAAAUACACGCGGGAAUUGUUUCUUCACAGUAGAGUAAACGUUUUGAACGAGUAUUUAUUACAAGGAUCAAGGCACAUUGAAAUUGAAGAGGUCAGUUUGAAUAGAACGAACGACAUGUUGAAGUUGAGGCUGAAAAGUCCUUUAGCAAAAUCUGAUAAGUUCAAGCUGACUUUGUACUAUAACAAUAGGUUGUCAGAUCAUGCCGGACCUAUACAUGUCAUUCAUUCAACUGAUACAUACAGUGGGCACUACAGACCCAUAAUGUCCACAGAAUUUCAGCCUAUGGGUGCAAGAGAAUUGUUUCCAUGCAUAGACCUUCCACGGUUCAAAGCCAUGUUUGACCUAAAUGCAACGAAGCCACCGAUGAUGACAGCAUUAUCCAAUAUGCCCGGUGACGGAGCGAAUAUACGACAUUCAAGUAUGCUCAAUCAAAUGUGGGAGUACUUUCCCCCUUCAAUAGUCAAAAUGUCCACAUAUACUAUGUCAGUCAUCUUGCUCGGUUUAGACUACCAGAAUUUGACAAUUGAUAACAGAAAUACAUUAUGGUAUAGUAACCUGAAUAAGAAAAGCCUAAAAUAUAAAAUGGAUUUCAUAAAAACUGUGGUAGAUAAUAUGGAAUCAAUCACUGGAGUGAAGUACAUGCUGCCAAAGCUUGAUCAUGUUCUUGUGGUUGACAAGGAAGUUAGUGGAAUGGAAAGUUGGGGGCUCAUUACUUACAAUGAACAGAUUUUUAAGGAAAAAGGGCUAAUGACAUUAGAUGAAGAGAUUGAUUUAAUUGACCUAGUGUUCCACGAAAUUGCCCAUCAGUGGUUUGGAAAUUUAAUUACUUGCAAGUACUGGUGUUAUGCGUGGCUUAAUGAGUGUGUUACAACCUACAUAACUACUUUAAUGAUGGACCAUAUGUACCCAAAUUUGUCUCUUCAAGGGUUGUACACAGUUUCUCAGAUAUUGACUUUGAUGAGCAAUGAGCUUCAUAAUCCUAGUGUGUUGCAAAACUUGUAUGAUUGCAACGAGGUAAAUUAUUAUUAUUGGGAUUACGAACCAGAACAUUACUAUAAAGGAGCCGCUAUUUUACAAAUGGUUGCCAACAAUAUAAUGACAUUGGAAACGUUCAUGCAAGGCCUUAAGAAAUAUGUUCAAGACAAUAAACAUGGUUCUGUAAUUGACAGACACCUGUGGAGAGCUUUGGAAAGCCAAUUUGACGAAACGGCAAAAAUAUUGACUCCUACUGGCGAAUUAUUUACUUCGCUGAUGCGCCCAUGGUUUGAAAACGAAGGAUAUCCAGUGGUAUUUAUUUCAAGAUCAAAAGAUGGACUGAUAAAUGCUCAUCAGAUCUCAAUUUCAGAGGGAUAUAAAGAACAUAAAUGGUGGAUACCUUUAACGUAUACGACAAUGAAACAAAAGAACUUUAAUGAUUUACGGUUAAAAUACUGGUUAAAACCAAAUAAUGAAUCUCAAUUUAUUGAUGUUGCAGUACAAAAUGAUGAGUGGAUUAUUUUAAAUUUACAGAAUAGCGGUUUAUAUCGAGUUGUAUAUGACACUUUAACGUAUGAUCUUUUAAUAAAACAUUUGAUGACUGAAAAUAUAGACGAUAUUCAUCCUAUAAAUAGAGCGCAAUUGGUUGAUGAAACUUUUGAUUUAGGUUUAAAUCAUUUUAUAAAUUUUGAUAUUUCAUUAAACCUUUCAAAAUAUCUUAAAAGGGAAAGACAUUACCUACCCUUUGAUCGUGGAAUGCUUCAACUCGAAAAAAUAGCUGAGGCUUGUGCUGGAACAACGCUAUACCCAAAAAUAAAUGAUUACAUGAAGUAUCUAAUAAUUGAUGCCUAUUAUUAUGUAAAAUCUUCGAAUUUCAAGCAAUAUGAAGUUGCAAAUUAUAUGUUCAAAUCAAGAGUUGUGCAGUUGGCAUGCAAAUUAAAAAUUAUACACUGCGUCCGCCAAGCAAAAUCGGGCACACUUAGUAUUAUAAAAAAUAAAUGGAAUGAAUAUGGUGUUGUUCCGGAGCUAAGGAAAACAAUGUGGUGCACUGCUGUUAAGACUGGAAAUAAAACUGUUUUAAAUUACUUAACAAAUAAGGUAGACUUUUCUACAACAACUCCGCCUAUUAUUACUGAUGUAUAUGCACAUGCCUUACUUUGUGCUAACGAUUCAGAUGCAAUGUUUAGUGUACUGCUGCAUAUAUUUACAAAAAAAAUCAUUACAAAAAAUGAUAUAAACUUUUUAGUGACAGAAGUAGUUCCUUCGGAUAAAAAUUGUACUUUAAUACAUUUUUUAACAACAAAUUAUACGGAAGUAAUUCAAAGGUAUGGAGAUAAAAUAGCAAAACAAAUACUAAUAUCAAUAGCGGAUCAUAUUACUGAUGAAGAAUGUUUGAAAAAGCUUGUACAACUAGCUGAUAGUAAAGAUGUUAAGAUUCACAUUAACAAUAUUUAUGCUGAAGACCACACACAUCUAUGUAAUCAAAUGGAAAAAUGGCUAGGAAAAGAAAACGUUCAGUUUGUUGAUAACACCUCAACCUUAAGUGAAGGUAUAAUAUUGAGCAAUGUUUUCUACAAACCGCAGAAUACAUUUUUUGACCUAUCUCUUGAAAGCAUGAUAUAAAUAAAAUGUACAAUGUUAUAGGUUUAAUUUUUUGUGUGUUAAAGAUUUAUAAAAAUGACC